AUGCCAGGAGGCAGGAAUAGCACAGUCAUCACCAAGUUCAUCCUUGUGGGAUUCUCAGAUUUUCCAAAGCUCAAGCUGGUUCUCUUUGUUGUCUUCCUGGGAAGUUAUCUUUCCACAGUGGUGUGGAACUUGGGCCUCAUCAUCUUGAUUAGGAUUGACCCUUUCCUACACACGCCUAUGUACUUCUUCCUCAGCAAUUUGUCAUUUUUAGAUUUCUGUUACAUUUCAUCUACAACCCCUAAAAUGCUCUCGGGAUUCUUCCAGAAGUCUAAAUCUAUCUCCUUUGUUGGGUGCACCAUGCAGUACUUCAUCUUCUCAAGCCUGGGUCUGUCCGAAUGCUGCCUUCUGGCAGCCAUGGCUUAUGACCGGUAUGCUGCCAUUUGUAAUCCUCUUCUCUACACAGCCAUCAUGUCCCCAUCGCUCUGUGUGCACAUGGUUGUUGGAGCCUAUAGUACUGGUCUCUUGGGUUCAUUGAUUCAACUGUGUGCUAUACUUCAGCUCCAUUUCUGUGGGCCAAAUAUUAUAAACCAUUUCUUUUGUGACCUGCCUCAGCUAUUAGUCCUUUCCUGCUCUGAAACCUUUCCCCUGCAAGUCUUGAAAUUUGUAAUAGCAGUGAUUUUUGGGGUGGCAUCUGUCAUUGUUAUCCUGAUAUCCUAUGGUUAUAUCAUUGGCACAAUCCUGAAUAUCAGCUCAGUAGAAGGUAGGUCCAAGGCAUUCAAUACCUGUGCCUCUCACCUGACAGCAGUCACCCUCUUUUAUGGAUCAGGACUCUUUGUCUAUAUGCGCCCCAGCUCCAACAGUUCCCAGGGUUAUGACAAGAUGGCUUCAGUGUUCUAUACAGUGGUGAUUCCCAUGUUGAAUCCUCUGAUUUAUAGUCUCAGGAACAAGGAAAUCAAAGAUGCUCUUCAGAGAUGUAAAAAUAAGUGCUUUUCUUGGUGCCACUGUUAGUUAAAGGUCUGUUGAUUGGAAGU